GAUGAUUUACUUGUCAGUCUGCGGUCGUCGUAUUACGAUAUCUGACAGCGGUACUGCAGGCAGGCAGCUUGCAGGAGCCUCUUUCGCUCAAUUUUCAUGCUAUUUUUUCACAUCAUGACCAUUUCUUUGUUAAAUUUUGUUUUCUCAAGACGCAUAUGAAGGCACGGUUAAAUAAAGCACAGUGGCUUGGGGAAUUAUCCUCUUUUAAGAUCUCAAAAUAGACUGCUGCUUGCUUAGUUCUUACCAUGGCGACGGUUGUGAUGGAGCAGAUUGGGCGGCUCUUCAUCAACGCCCAGCAACUUCGUCAGAUCCCCCGUUUCCUAGAGUCUGCCUUCCCUACACUGCCUUGCACUGUGAUGAUCAGCGACGUACCGUGGGUGUUUCGCGAGCCGCACAUAUAUACAGGCUACAGGCUGCCCGACCAGAGUUGGCGCUACUACUUCCUGACUCUGUUCCAGAGGCAUAACGAGUCUGUAAACGUGUGGACACACCUGUUGGCCUCCCUCAUUAUCUUGGUCAAGUUUCAAGAGCUGUCCGAAACUGUGGACUUCCUGCGAGACCCUCACGCCCAGCCGCUUUUCAUCCUUCUCUUAGCUGCGUUCACUUACCUGGCUUGCAGCACUUUGGCCCACCUGCUCUCGGCCAAGUCUGAGCUCUCCCACUACACUUUCUAUUUUUUGGACUAUGUUGGCGUUGCUGUUUAUCAAUAUGGCAGCGCUUUGGCCCAUUACUACUACGUCGUAGAUGAAGAUUGGCACGCUCGAGUUCGAAGCUUUUUCCUGCCAGCAGCUGCCUUCCUGGCCUGGCUGUCCUGCACGGGCUGCUGCUUCGGCAAGUACGCCAGCCCGAGAUUGCCAAAAUCUGUUCAUAAGCUAUUUCAAGUGGUGCCCUCCGGCCUGGCCUACUGUUUAGAUAUCAGUCCAGUGUUGCAUCGCAUCUAUAAAUGCUACAGCUCUGAGCAGGGCUUCGUUGACCAGGCAGUGAUUUACCACUGCUAUCAGAUCCUCUUCUUUUUGGUUAGCGCCUACUUCUUCUCGUACCCUCAUCCAGAGCGCUGGCUCCCAGGACGUUGCGACUUCAUCGGACAGGGCCAUCAGCUUUUCCACGUGUUCCUGGUGCUCUGCACCCUUGUGCAAAUUGAAGCCGUGCGACUGGAUUACAGCGAGAGGAAAACGCUCUAUGAACAUCUCCAUGGAGACUUGGCUCAUGAUGCAGUGGCUCUCUUUAUCUUCACAGCAUGCUGCAGUGCGCUCACCGCUUUCUAUGUGCGCAAACGUGUGAAGGCAUAUCUAGAGGAAAAACAGGAGUAGAUCUCUUAUCGGGACGCUGGUGUGGGACAAGUUGACCUUGCUUGCACAUGUAUGAAAGAUUGCACUGGUCAACAACUAACUUAGAAGAACCUACUCUGUGUAUCUUAUAUUUGCUGUUAAUACUUCUGUUCUGUGUUUUGCCAAUGCAUUUUAAAUCAGCUGCUCUUUGUUUACCAAACUGGUGAUAUGCUUUAAAACUGCAUUAUAUAGAAAUGAUCAUUUUUUUCCAAAACGUAGUGAGUUGCCUGGCAGGACUUUAACACAAAGGUUGAUCAAACGGUUUAAUUUGAUUAAGAUGCCUUUUUAGUUUGGCACAUGCAUCCUCCACAGCAGAUACAAUCCCAGAAUGCAUUGUGACUUGCUCAAUAAUAAAAAAACAAGAGAAUAGUUCAUUAUGAAUACAGCGCAUACAUUCUUAUUCAGAACUGAAAAAUAUAUGAAAGUAGUUCAGUAUUUUUAACAAUAUUUCUGUGCUCUGUAUUUUUAAGCUUAGUGCAUUGCACCAUUAGCUUAGUCAUUUACAAACCAGUACACAAUCAAGUCCCUUUAGGGAAGUUGUGCCACUAGGCUACCAACCAUGUUUGCAUCGCAUUCAGGAAGUUAUUUCAGUCAUGCGAGACUUCAAAGUAUUGAAUCUACUUUAAUGAGAAAAGAGAAAUUUCUUAAAUCACAUGUUAGGAUAUGCCAAUGAAGCAGCUCACUAGGUUUUGGUAGCUAUAUACUUAAAGGGACACUCCACUUUUUUGAAAAUAUGCUAAUUUUCCAGCUUCCCUAGAGUUAAACAUUUGAUUUUUACCGUUUUGUAAUCCAUUCAACUGAUCGCCAGGUAUGGCGAUAGCACUUUUAGCAUAGCUUAGCAUAAUCCAUAGAAUCUGAUUAGACCAUUAGCAUCGCGCAACAAAAAAACAGUUUCUAUAUUUUUCGUAUUUAAAACUUGACUCUUCUGUAGUUAAAUUGUGUACUAAGACCGAUGGAAAAGAUAUGGUUAGGAACUAUACUCUCAUUCUGGCGUAAUAAUCAAGGCUUUGCUGCCGUAACAUGGCUGCAGCAGGCAUAGUGAUAUUACGCAGUGCCCGAAAAUAGUCCCCUUGGUUAUUUUCAAUAGCAGUUGACUAUUUUCAGGCCCUAACCAUAUUUGCCUAGAAAAUCGCAACUUUUAAUUUUCCGUCUGUCUUAUUACACGAUGUAACUACCGAAUAGUCAAAAUUUAAAUAGGAAAAAUAUCAAAAGUCUUUAGUUAUUUUUAGCGCAAUGCUAAUGGUCUAAUCAGAUUCAAUGGAUUAUGCUAAGCUACAUAAAAGUGGUACCGCCAGACCCGGAGAUCAGCUGAAUGGAUUUCAAAAUGGUAAAAAUCAAAUGUUUAACUCUAGGGGAGCUGGAAAAUUAGCAUAUUUUCAAAAAAAGUGGAGUGUCCCUUUAAAAAAAGAAAAUUUAAAGGUUUGGACUUUAAACUCUUUUGUGCGAUGAGUGCCAUUAAGCCCUUCUAUGACCCAAGUGGUCUGUGAUAGAUAUCAGCAUUUUUGCUGACCGUUAGUUAGCAUAAAUAAAUAUCGUAUUGUAGAUAGUUCAGGUAGACCAUAACUGGAUAAUAUGUAUUUACUUGCAUUGUGCCUCCAACCACAUCUAGCUGCAUAAAUGCACAGGCAAAGUGUGCUGCUCAUAUUUGUUACUUGCAAUGCUGUCGGAUCAGUGCUACAAUAUUAGCAAAGCGUGGGAACGCAAAUGAACACUUUUUAUUUAAAUGCACAGGCCUGUAUCAUGACUGAAAGAA